AUGAGAAGACAAGCCAACAGCUGUGGUGGUGGGGUGAGCAGGGAGCCUGGGAACUGGCAGUGGCUGACUAGCACCUAUCCUGGGGGUGGAAUGCGGUGGGUGAGAUGAGGCCCUGGGUCGGGUGGGUCUACCAGGCAGGAGCUCAGAGAUUGCCUAGAGGCUGAGUGAGCUAUGUGUUGUCAACAACAAGCAUCAAAAGCUCUCGCUUAAGUUUUUCCCUUUUCAUGACUCGUUCACUUAGACGUCAAACAUUUCAAUGACCAAUUUCACUCUAAUACAUUAUUUCCCUCAGCGGAUAUUGCGGUUUGUACAUGCAGAAAAUUGCUUGAAUAUUGACUGUGGGUUUCCAAUGUGUAUUAUGCUGUUUAGAUGGGAUGGCCACUGUGCCUGUGCCUGUGCCUGUUCUGGUAUAAGCAAUGGCUCUUCCUGAUCAUUCAUGAAUUUCAGAAUGCCAAAGUAAUCACAAGAAGUAAAAGGCCUACAUGAAAAGCUUGUUGAACACGUUCAUAAUUAAUGACCACAUCCUGAAUCAAAAUGAAAGUACUCCUCAGGUACAGUGUCCAUAUAAGGACAGUCUCAGCAGGACUUGUCAGUCUUAUCAGGAGAGUACGACUGAGACUGUUCUUAUGUGGUGACCAUACACAGGGACUCUGUCCACCUUGUCAUAGUAGUUACAGGCAGGACAGUUUUUGUUUCACCUUGUUAAUCUAUAGAGCAUUUUUGUUGAUGCGUUAACAUGUCUGUCCCCUUCUCUCCCCUUCUCGCUAUAGGAGAUCAGUGACACAGAGAUAAUGGAGCUGGCCCACAGUGCUUUGGGGAGGAUGACAGUUAUUCGUCAGAUCUUUCCUCUGUGGAGGGACAGCAACGUGCGCUGCAUGAGGAACAACCACCGCAUCUCCUCCCUGCUCUGUGACCCCCAGGAAGGAUACCUACAGUCACUGGAGGUCAGUUCAACAAGGGACCUUUUCUGGUUUUAUAUGCCUAGGGUCGAGCAUCUUUCCUGACCAUGUUACCUGACCAGGGGCCCUAGUCCCGAGUUAUUCCUGGUCAGGAGAUUUGUUCAGGGAAAAAAAGUCUGUCCCCACAUAUGACAUUCGGAGCCAAAUUGCACUUGCGCUUUAUUUAUAUGUUCAAGGUCGAUCAUAACAAAUAAAUAAGAAACAACAAGUAUGUGUAUUGAAGAAAGUUUAGCUCAAUGUUUACUUUUACUGUUAUCUGAUGCUGCCAAUGGGGCAAAGUCAGUGACCCCUAUCACAUGUCACGUCAGUGAGAGCCCCAGAAUGACCUGGGGGCCCCUGAGGCUCCCUGGGGGUCAACAGCAUAUAUAGUGUAUCUCCCAUUGAGUGACAAUGGAUGAUGAGAUGUUACACAAGGCUGAGCUAUUGACGUGCUGGAAUACAGUGGCAGGUGUUGGGGAUCUGUAGGACAGAUAAGGAAGAGUUGGUGGAGAGCAUAGAAAUAUAAUCAAUAGAAGAAUGGGUUGCCAAUUCUUGUGAUUCUAUUUCUAUGGUUGAGAGGACCAGGAUGCUAGCGAGGUGUUAGAUAGCCUGUGGUUCCUAUUGACUCAUUUUGUUAUGUUAGUUGUUUUGCUUUCAGUCUCUUGAGUCUCCUAACAGUCUAUUUCAGACUAAACUUCCCACUCAUAUACAUUUUUCUAGUUUACUCAUCCAAGUAACUUACACUUUAUUCAAAUAAAAAUCUAAUCAAAUUUCAUUACACACAUGCUUCAUAAACAAUGCGGAGAGAAAGAAAAUAGAGAAAUAAUAGAAAACACGUAAUCAUAAAUACACAAUGAGUAACGAUAACUUGGCUAUAUACACAGGGUAGCAGUACCGAGUCGAUGUGCAGGGGUACGAGGUAAUUGAGGUAGAUAUUUUACAUAUAACUAGGAAUAGAGUGACUUGGCAACAGGAUAGAUAAUAAACAUUGGCAGCAGCGUAUGUGAUGAGUCAAAAAAGUUAGUGCAAAAAGGGUAAAUGCAGAUAGUCUGGGUAUCUUUUUGGUUAACUAUUUAACUAACUAUUUAGUAGCAGUCUUAUGGCUUGGGGGUAGAAGCUGUUCAGGGUUUAUUGAUAACAAUCCAACAAAUAAUAGUCUGACAAAUAUGUUUUUGAAUACGUUACCACUUUUGAAUACGUGCAGUAGAGGAAUCAACAAAAGUACAGUAUGAUGACAAAGUUAUCAAAGAUACCCCUUUUGAUAUGGCAGCUAGAUAACAGCUAGACAUUAUCAAUCAACCACCCAUCAAGAUCACACGGAUGCUGCUCUCUAACAUCCCUCCCCUCUGUUCCUCAUCCUUCUCCUCUGUUCCUCAUUUAUGUAACCAGAGGUGUCUCUGAAUGGAAAAAACCUUGAACCCACCUGAACUCACACUAUCGCUAACCGUUAGCAGAUGGUCCAACUCCUCAGGGGGCUCAUAUCUCAAUAAUUCAUGAAAAAUAGUGUUAAAUGCUCUUUGAUGUUAAAUCACCUUCAUGACAUGGCAAAUGCUGGUUCAAACCGUCAGCGGUUUGUCGCUAAAUUUGCAAUUUCAACACUACUGUAUCUACUUCCCCCCUGUAAAGCUGUCAGUUAGCCAUGUAUUAACAAAUUAGCCAUGUCCACACCUUCACUCUGUCGGUAUUUGUAUUUAGUAUUUAUUAUUGAUCUUUUCCUGGGGUCCAGCAAAAAUUAAGGCAGUUAUAUAAAUUAUAAUACAAUUUUUAAACAUUAAAAUACAUUUUACAACAGAUUUCACAAAACAUUAAGUGUGUGCCCUCCGGCCACUACUCUACUACAACACACAAUCCAGGUGUACGUGUGUAUGUUAUGUGUGUUUGUAUGUGUGUGUUUGUACCUGUGUGUGUGUGACUCUUCACAGUCCUAGCUGUUCCAUAAGGUGUAUUUGUAUCUGUUUUUUAAAUCUGAUUUGACUGCUUCCGUGAGUUACUUGAUGUGGAAUAGAGUUCCAUGUAGCCAAGGCUCUAUGUAGUACUGUGCGCCUCCCAUUGUCUGUUCUGGACUUUGGGACUGUGAAGAGACCUCUGGUGGCAUGUCUUGUGGGGUAUGCAUGGGUGUCCGAGCUGUGUGCUAGUAGUUUAAACAGACAGCUCGGUGCAUUCAACAUGUCAGUACUUCUUACAAAAACAAGUAGUGAUGAAGUCAAUCUCUUCUCUACUUUGAGCCAUGAGAGAUUGUGUACAUUUAAGGGCCAGCCUUGCUGCCCUGUUCUGGUCCAGUUGUAGUUUUCCCAUGUCCCUCUUUGUGGCACCUGACCACACGACUGGGCAGUAGUCCAGGUGCGACAAAACUCGGGCCUGUAGGAUAUUGUUGUUAAGAAGUCAGAGCAGCUCUUUAUUAUGGACAGACCUCUCCCCAUCUUAGCUACUGUUGCACCAAUAUGUUUUGACCAUAACAGUUUACAAUCCAGGUUUACUCCAAGCAGUUUAGUCUCCUGAACUUGCUCAAUUUCCACAUUAUUCAUUGCAAGAUUUAGUUGAGGUUUAGGGUUUAGUGAAUGAUUUGUCCCAAAUAAAAUACUUUUAGUUUUUGAUAUAUUUAGGACUAACUUAUUGAUAACUGUUUGCAGCUCUUUGUUAAGUGUUGCAGUGAUUUGACUUGCUGUAGUAGCUGACUUGUAUAGUGUUAAGUCAUCCGCAGACAUAGACACAUAGGCUUUACUCAGAGCCAGUGGCAGGCCAUACUGGCUUACAGCAGAUCACCUCCAUAAUGUGGCAUUCCAUUCCACUUCUCUGGGUGGGAUUGAGCUUGAGAUAGCCGAUCACAGAACUCUUGAUAUAAAGGCUUCUAAAGGGGUCACUUGUUGAUCUCUGGUUGAACCUCUUGUAUCAAACAUGUUGUGAAAGUGAAGUAAUCUGAAGGUUAUCAUCAAAACACAGAGAUCAGGACACACACAGCUAACAGCAAGGCGGAGGAGAGGACUGAAGAGGGGUGACAGGGGCAUGGGGAGAAAACAUACAGAGAAUGCUCCUUGUUGUUGUUGUUCUUGCCUUCUCUAAGUGUCAGUGAUGAAGAGAUUUAGGUCCAGGGGGUUGGUAUUGAUGGGGACGUUGUAGCCAGUGUCGCUGUCCCAGUUAUUCAGGUACAUACUACCCAGCAGAUGCAGUCAGCAGCCCAGCCUUAGUUAGCCCUGCCCAGCAUUAGCCCUGCCUAGACUUAGUUAGCCCUGCCCUGCCCUGCCCAGCCUUAGCCCUGCCUAGACUUAGUUAGCCCUGCCCAGCCUUAGCCCUGCCUAGACUUAGUUAUCCCUGCCCAGCCUUAGCCCUGCCCUGCCCAGCCUUAGCCCUGCCUAGACUUAGUUAGCCCAGCCUAGCUCAUAGCUUUCCUUGAGGCUUCUACUCUGGCCACAGACUAGGGCAGACUGCUCUAUGCAUUACUACACUCUAGUAGGCCUGCACAUUCUGGGCCUGAUCCUCAUCCAUAUGUCAUGUUCAUACUUGAAAAUGACAAAAGGCAUGAUAAUUACAACAGAUGUAAGUUAUCACAAUCAUAUCAUGAUGAUGGGUGAAUGUAUGCCAUAGCCUAUAGUAUUAUCUUGUGGAUAGAGCUCCAUGUUAUUUAAUGUUGCUAUUCCAACAUGGUGGAGAAGGGAGAUGGCAUGAAUUGUCAGUGCAGAUUAUGUCAUUAUCAUAGCCUAGUGUGAUGUCUGUGUCUUUCAUCUCUGAAACAGUUGGACCGCUCCGCUGCUUAUUUGUCACUGUGCAUUUAGUUUCUGCUCUAUGGCGCUGGGUUGACUCUGACACUGGACUCACAUCUGGUCAAGGGGGCUAUUAUGCUGUGUGUCAGUUUGAUAGGGGGCGUGUGUGUAUGUGUGUGUGUGCGUGCACUUGUCUUGCAGGCCUGUGUGCGUCAUGCGCGUGUGUGUCUGUCUGCAAGUGUGCAUGCAUGUGUGUUUUGGGGGGGCUCAUUUAGCCCAGCGGUUCCUGAUGUCCCCAGCUGUGUCCCACUCCCAGUCACAGUGCCUUCUAUUCCCGGAGGUCAUUAGGAUUAGCACCCCUUCACUCCCCAUCAGAGCCAGAACAACAUCUGUGGCGCUGCUUAGAGCAACAACAACAGGGCUCUGUUUAUAAAGCUUUUCUAACCUUUGUUUAUACAGUACCUUUCCAAGUACUCAUGAUUCACAAACAGACAAUACCCAUUGGAAAUCCUGGUCGUUUAAACACAUCAGUCCUAUCAAACACACCAACACUCCCAAAUGGUGCAGCCUCAAUUUUACAAUGAAUAAGUUGUGCAUCAACAAUGAUUUAAUCACAUAUACUGUAACUGUUUAACUGGUUUCCAUGGUCUCCCAUCUCUGUUGUGUGUGUUUUCAACAGAGAUUCUAGAAAUGUAUUGUAUUGUUUGUCUCCUGAGUGGCGCAGUGGUCUAAGGCGCUGCUUCGCAGUGCUAACUGUGACACUAGAGAUCCUGGUUCGAAUCCAGGCUCUGUCGCAGCCGGCUGCGACCGGGAGACUCAUGGGCGCCGCACAAUUGGCCCAGCGUCGUCCAGGGUAGGGGAGGGAAUGGCCGGCAGGGAUGUAGCUCAGUUGAUAGAGCAUGGCGUUUGCAACGCCAGGGUUGUGGGUUAGAUUCCCACGGGGGGCCAGUAUAAAAAAAUAUAUAUAUAUGUAUUCACUAACUGUAAGUCGCUCUGGAUAAGAGCGUCUGCUAAAUGACUAAAACCACAUUUUAUCCGUUUCUAGAAUGACCAAGAUGGUUGAUUUUUAGGCAUGUUGCUAUUUUAAUUUUUAGUCAUUUAGCAGAUGCUUUUAUCCAGAGCGACUUACAGUUAGUGCAUACAAUAUUAAAUUUUUUCAUACUGGCCCCCCAUGGGAAUCGAACCCACAACCCUGGCGUUGCAAGCGCCAUGCUCUACCAACUGAGCUACACGGGGCCCAUAUGAUGCCAAUGUCCAUUCUAGAGUUCUAUAUGUAAUUCUAUGCUGUUUUCUCCCUCCUCACUCUCUCUAUGUGCCUGUGACUGUCUGGACUUCAGGUGUCCAACUUGUACCUGUAUGACAGCGUGCUGGCGCUGGCCAACGCCUUCCACAGGAAGUUGGUGGACAGGAAGUGGCACAGCAUGGCCAGUCUCAACUGCAUCAAGAAGUCCACCAAGCCUUGGAACGGAGGCUGGUCCAUGCUGGAGAACAUCCAGAUGGUACAUUUAGUACACUUUAGUUCAGAACAUGAACAAUAACCUUUUUCUCUAUAUAUACAGUAUAUUGAUUGACUGUGAUUGUGAUUGUGAAUGUGAUUGAUUGACUUUCAUGCUGAAUACUUGAAAGGUUGUUCAAGGAGCAUAAGUUGUGAAUCCAAUGUUUUUUGGAAGCAAAAGGCCUCAAGGCCGUGAAAAUAGUAUGAAACAGAAAAGAGUAAAAUAAACUGCCAUUGAAUCUAAUUCACUCUACAUGUGUCACAACUGGAGGCGCACAGCUGUGGGAGAUGCAGAUGGUUGCCAGCCCUCGGCUUCCAUGAAAUUUCUGCUAUUGCAAUCCUCCGCACUCAUAUCUUCAGCACUGGAGCUAUGGACUAGAUUUGCACUGCAGAAACUUCUAUGGUUUUUUGUGGCACUCAUGGUUUUCGGGGCCCAUUUUCCAAAUGUGUUCUUUAGAGCAGCAUUGGCAAACGUGUGUGUGGUGCCUGUGUGUGCUCUUCAAUUCCAUGCUCCUUUAAUGUUCUAUGAGCCACAGAGAGCUGUGGAGAGAUAUACAGUCAGGUCCAAAAUUAUUGGCACCACCCUUGAUGAGUAAAUAAGACUAUCAAAUAAAUACAAAUAAAUAAUAAUAAUAAUAAUAAUAAUAUGGAACAUUGUUAUUAUUUUAUACUAAUAUAAUCACUCAGAAAAGCAAAAGAGCCCCAUAACAUCAAAGAUAAACCACCAUAUUAAUUUUAUUGUUUUUGCAUAAUGCAUCCUUCUUUCGAUGCAAAACUCACCACUGGUGUGCAUGCCCAAAGAGCUCUAUUUUCAUGUCAUCUGACCAUAGCACCGGUUCCAAUCCAAGUGCCAAUGCCGUUUAGCAAACUCCAGGCGUUUGCGUUUGCUGGAUUACAUGAAAAUUGAGCUCUUUGGCCAUACACAUCAGUGGUAAAAUAUGGUAGUGGAUCAUUAGUAUUAUGGUCCUGGGCCCUCUUGUUAAAGGGAUAGUUCACUCAAAUUACAAAAUGACAUUUUGGUUUCCUUACCCUCUAAGCCAGUGGUCACCAACCGGUCAGUCAAUCUUCAAGGCAUCCUUAGUCGAUCACCAAACACUUCUGUAGAAAAACCAAUGAUAAAGCUGUGCACUCCUUCUUCUUUUUUUCUUUGUGUUGCGCUGUUGACGGUAGGUGUACUUGAUUCAGAAGCCCUGCGCGCCGGGAAGGCAAAGUGUUCCCAUUUUUAACCAUGUAAUUUGUUUGAUGGGACAAAUCCUCCUACCUGGUGGACCAGGAGAGCUGUGGCUAAAUCAAGUGCGCCUAUUGCGCUGGCCAAUCGGAAAGCCCAAAUCACCGUACCUACAUUUUCCACGACCCCAUAGCAAAGUUUGAUACUAGCCUACGUGAGAUUUUAUGAUGUUUAAAACCAUGACCAGAAAGAGUCUGUCAAAGAAUACAGCAAAGAGCUGCUGUUUUUCUGAGUGAGUUAAUGUUUACGUUUUUAUUCAGCACUGUCAACACUUUUACAAAACAUAAAACGUGCUUCUUAUUUUUAUUAGCUAUUUUAAUAUCGAGGAAUAUUUCAUAGGAACAACAUGAAUUUGUGCAUGAGGCAGGAAUAAUGUGAUGCGACUCGAGUUUCGCCAUCAGGUGGAAGACAGUGUCCCCUCUCUCUGGUCAGGGGUUUAUUCAUUCAGCCGAUUCUGUUGCAAAACGUUUCUUAAACAGAAGCAAACAGAAUGAAACGAAGAAAUGAAGACCUACCUGCAUUUGUCCAAUAGAAAGUCUUGUUUUAGUUGCAAAACGAAAUGAUUUGCAACUGUUUGGCGGAAUGAAUACACCCCAUUCUCAUCUGAACAAAGCAGAGAGCAGGGACCGUGAGAGGCAGACCCUCUGCUGCUCUCUCCCUCCACUGAGACUGACCAUCAGAUGCAGGUACCAUCAGCCCAGUAAAAUAGAAAAGCAAAUUAUUUGCAAAUUAUUUCAAUUUAUGCUCAACUGUGCCUCGCAAGUGAUACAAAAACGUAUCUAUUUUGUUUUCACAGCUAGAGUUUUGAAAUAUAAUAUGGUCUGAGAACAACAUUGUGGUCCUCUGUAGCUCAGCUGGUAGAGCACGGCGCUUGUAACGCCUAGGUAGUGGGUUCGAUCCCCGGGACCACCCAUACACAAAAAAAAAUGUAUGCACGCAUGACUGUAAGUCGCUUUGGAUAAAAGCGUCUGCUAAAUGGCAUAUUAUUAUUAUUAUUAACACUGGCAGGCCAAGCAUAGUAUGUAUUAGACCUACUGCACAAACCUCAUUCCUAAAUAACUGUUUUUAUUAGGUUAAUGUUGCAAGUCAUGUUUAAAGAAAGAUAAUCUGAGUGGUAGAUCCCGGCUUGCUUUUUGACUGCAAAAGUGAUCUUGACUCAGAAAAGGUUGGUGACCACUGCUCUAAGCAGUCUAUGGACAAGGUAUGACACCAAUCAAUGCUUUGGUUUAGUUUCCUUGGCACUGUUUGCACACGAUAAUGUUUUAGCAUUUGUGACACAAAUCCCAUUCAAGUCAUGGGACCAAUAUUAGCAUUUGUCGCGCACCAUGUCCAAAUCAUCCAAAAGUAUCUAAAAUUGUGAAGCUCAACAAAGUCGCUUAUAGAUAAUGACUUGAAUGAAUUUGUGCCACAUAUACUAAAAUGUUAGCGUGUGGAAACAGUGCCAGGUAAACUAAACUAAAGCAUGAAUUGCUGUCAUUCCUUGUCCAUAGAAUGCUUACAGGGCAAGGAAACCAAUGUGUAAUUUUGUAAUUUGGGUGAACUAUCCCUUUAAGGUCAACGGCAUCAUGAACUUUACCCAGUACCAGGACAUUUUUGCCAAAAACCUGGUUGCCUCUGUCAGGAGGCUGAAACCUGGCCGCAAGUGGAUCGCAAGUGGAUCGCAAGUGGAUCUGGCCGCAAGACAAUAACCCCAUGCACAGAUCCAAAUCUACGAAGAAAUAGCCACAAAUUCAACAUCAGUCUCUGGACUUGAACCCCAUUUUAAACCUGGGUUUUGAAUUGAAGAGAGCAGUCCAUAAGCACAGACAAAGGAUGUUAAGAAUCUGGAAAGAUUCUAUAUGGAGGAAUUGUCUAAGAUCCCUCCCAAUGUUUUCUCCAAUCUCAUAAAACAUUUUAGAAAAAGGCUCAAUGCCGUUAUCCUCACAAGAUUAGUUAUUGAAAACAGGGGUGUCAAUAGUUUUGACCCCUAUCCACUUGAGGAAAUAAAUGUAUUACUCUUUCUCUGAGCAAUUGUAUUAGGAUAAAAUAAUAUAAUUUCCCAAUUUCUUUUGCGUACAAUAUAGCUCAGUAUUUGGAUUAUUUAUUUUAUACAGUCUUUUUUGCUCAUCUUUACCAAGGGUGACAAUAAUUUUGGGCCUGACUGUAUUUGUCUCAGAGACAUUGGCCUGUCCCUAGCACAGUGACACUGGUUCAAACGUGCAAACUGAUUCGAUCACAAUAUUAAUUGGCUUAGGGAGUGCACCGAUUUCAUUAUGGACUUGAUAUUAAAGGACUUGUCAUUGGACAGGUGGUCUUGUCAUGACACUGUGAGACCUCACUCUCUCUAUGAAUUGAAACUAUAUUCUCUCUCUCUUUCUCCCUCCCUCUCUCUCCCCUCACAGGGACACAUCACAGGUCUCACAGGAACGAUGGAUUUCAAAGCAAAUGGAUCCAAUUCUCAUGUCCAGUUUGAAAUUCUGGGCACCAGCUUCAGCGAGACGUUUGGAAAAGAUGUGAAAAGGGUGAGUAUGAUGAUUCCGCUACUGAUGUGCAUUCCUCCUUUGCCUCAAGAUGGCUGUAAGUCUGACAGAUGUUUUUGA